GAUACUUUUAUGUAGUCAAUUUUGUAUUACCGCUUCUCACUAUUUUGUCAGAAAUUUAUGAAGACCAAAAGCCCUUCGAAAAUAUCACUAGGUAAAUGGUCGUCAAUUAUACCUAGCUGUGAACCGGUUCGAUGUCCCGCAUUGGAUUCUCCCGCAGGAUUAGAGGAACCGCAUUUAAAAUUGGAAGAACACAAUUCAAGUUAUGGAGGUAGAGCAGUAUUUAGCUGUACUUGGGGAUAUAAGUUGGUUGGUCCUCCUGGUAUCGAAUGCGAAAUUAAUGGUAACUGGUCAGGGCCCUUACCAAAAUGUAUUCCAAUCCAAUGUCCACCACCUGUAACCCCAUUGUAUGGUCAUCUAAUUCAAUCAGAAGCUGCAGGAAUGGAUGGUGAAAGGUAUGCUGUUGGAAGUCUUGUUCAAUUUGCUUGCAAGGGGGCUCAUGUGCUUGAAGGGGAAGCUAGCAUCAUAUGUACAGAAACUGGAUUUUGGUCCCAUCCACCCCCAUUUUGCAAACCGCGUUGCUCAUAUCUUGGUGAACCAAAAAAUGGACAUACAGCUCCAUCGAAAUUUUCUUACGAACCAGGAGACGAAUUACAAGUUAUAUGCGACCCAGGUUACGAAACGCCAGUAGAACCAAGACCCAAAUGUAUGGAAAAUGGAAACUGGUCGAUGCCUUUACCUCAUUGCACUAAUUAUUCUCAAAUCUAGUUGUUUAAAAUCGUUAUGCAUGUACAUGAUGUUUGUGAUAAAACAAUAAAUAGGUGUAAGUAACAAACCACAUGUAUCUCUUUUAAUAAAACUUAACAAUAACAAA